AUGGGGACCUUUCCUAGACUUAACCUGAACUGGGACUAUGGGAAGUUUACAAUCUUCCUCACCAGCCCCAGUGAGGGCAUGACUCUAGAGCAGACCUGGGCAUUCUGCAGCCAGAGAUGCAGCGACCAGAACCAGAACUCUAAGCCAUUCUGUAAGGGGCAGUUUGUGAAAGAGUGCGUGGUCGAGUCUGCAGCGCUGCUGCCCAGAGAAAAAAGAAGCGUUUACAACAUCCAGCUGCCCCGCCGCACCGUGACGAGGAGGGUGGAGGACAUCGCGGAGAAUCUGGAGUUUCAGCUACAAGCAUGUGCGGCCUCUCUUCCUCCCCGCCAUCAUGAGUCGCAUGCACGCUCCCGGAAAGGGCCUGUCCCAGUCAGCUCUGCCUUACAGGCGCAGUGUUCCCACUGUGUGAUUCUGAGGGACUCCCAUGGUGUGGCCCAAGUACGUUUUGUUACUGGCAACAAGAUCCUGAGGAUCCUUAAGGCCAAGGGCCUGGCCCCUGAUCUGCCUGAGGAUCUCUACCACCUCAUCAAGAAGGCGGUGGCCACCACUAAGUAUCUGGAGAGGAACAGAAAGGAUAAGGAUGCCAAGUUCCGCCUGAUUCUCACUGAAAGCAGGAUCCACAGGCUGGCCCGGUACUACAAGACCAAAGUGCUGGCCCCCAACUGGAAGUAGUACGUAUCAGUUUUU